AUGGCUUGCGAAGUAAAAACAUUUGCGGAAAUACGCGAUUUUAAGAAAGUCCAAGAGUACUUUGGCCUUGGUCACGAUGAGAACUGGCUGAAUGCAAUAAACUAUGCAAUGUCCCCAACGGGCGACUUAAUUGCAUUGGCCCAAGGAGAGAAGCUGGCCUUUCUGACGACCUGCUGGAAUAGUCAUGGCAGUGCGAACACAUACGCGCUCACCUGGUGCGGCGAGCUGGAGGAUUUACAAAUUGUCACCAGUCUGUUGUGCAUACCUCUGAAGCAAAAUCGUGGUGAAAGUGCUGAAUGGAGCUGCGUAGCAGUGGGUUUGGUAUCCGGAAUGGUGGUCUUUUACUCGGAUUCAGGCGUCAAACUCUUCUCGCAAUGCUUUCAGGAGGACCCCGUGCUGGGGAUAAAAUUGGAGUCACCACAGCUUAAUACGGAGGCCGACUCUUUGAUGUACGUCGUAUAUGGCAAUUGCAUGUGUUUUAUUAAAGGACAGGAUAUCUUCUUCAUGCUCGCCGACUGUCGCCAUAAUUUGCAAAGAGGCGCGCUGCCCACCAGCGAUGUUAUGCCUUUCCAGAAAUACAAAUUCAACCGUGAACGUGAGACGAUAAUUAACGAUGCCGCCGUGAUCAGCAACCAGCAUCCUCGCAGCUAUGACCACAUUGUUGACCAGAGCAUUGCUUUUGGAUACUUUGCCAAAAUGAAUUCAACGCCCGCAAGAAGCUCUCAAGUAAUUGUUGCCGGCGCUGAACCCUAUCUCGGAUUUUUUCAGGCAGAGGAGGGCUACAAAACAGCAUCACUGGGCGAAGUUGCCAAAGAUGUGUUAGGAAUGGCUUAUAAGAAUUUGCUGGGCGGCUUUUUGCGGCGAGGGCCAGAGCAGCCGCCUUCGCCUACGGAGGCUUCAGCCGCUUCGCAGCCUACAAAGGAAGCGCCCAUGAGAACUCGCUGUGGUCUGUACGAUGGCAAACGCGAUGGUUUGACCUUAGCCAUUGCCCCGGGAGGCCAUCUGGCAGCAGUGACCGAUAAUUUAGAUCGCGUUAUGCUUGUGGAUACAAUGCAACAAUUAAUUUUGCGAGUCUGGAAGGGCUAUCGUGAUGCACAGUGCGCUUUUGUUCCCGUAAAAGAGAAAUCUGUGCGGGGCAUUAAGACGCAACAUCGCAAGGCCCUCUUCCUAGUCAUCUAUGCGCCACGCUUGGGCUGUUUGGAUAUCUGGGCGCUGCAGAAUGGACCCAAGGUGGCUGCCUUCACCGUGUGUAAGAGCGGGCAAUUAAGCUACUGUAAUCACAAGCCGCUGGGCAGCAACAACAGCGGCUCUUCGCGCAAAUCGGCUGCCAUUAACUACUGCCUGUUUCUGGAUCCCACCGAUGCCAGCCUCAAGACGGUCCAGAUACCAUUCCAUUAUGCGCUGAGUGAAACGAAUUCGCAGACCUCGCGCGACAUUCAUAUGUUGCGUCGCCUGCGCAAUCAGCUGAGGAGUGUGGCACUCGACAAUGGCUUGAAGGAGAAAGAAGAGCUGCUUACCCUAUCUCAAUUGGCUGCAGAGCUACAGACGCUUGAGGUCCGUCAACAGUGUCUGGAAAUGCUGCUAAAGAACAAGAAAUUGCAGCCGCAAGUCUUUCAAUGUAUCUUAAACGCCUUUGCCGGCAGGGAGCAAUCGAAUCUGCCAGGCAGCAAGGAAUUCCUGCAGCAAAUUGAAAAUUACAAACGUUUAACGGAUUUCUACAUAUCGCUUACAAAUAGCCAGCAGCCUAACAAUGUCGACACAUUUGUGGAGCAUCUGGAACUCUCCGAUUCUGAUUUGGUCAUCAUUAAUCAAUUGGUGUUGCUGUUGAACGAUGACAGAGAGAAGCAGACACCCCGCGAAGUAACUUUUCAACUGCCCAAGCACGAUGCCGAGGACUUUGUCGAAUAUCUAAGUAUUUUCAACAUAGACACGCCCAACUCCCUCAUACUAAAUAUGGAGCGUGCCGACAAGUUUGGAAGUGUGAGCAACGGACUUUUUAGAGAUUUCUUAAGCACAGGAUUGUGCUUCGAAGACUUCAAGAAAUGGGCCGCAGAAGCCUGCAUGCCUAGUAAGGCGCUCCUCACUUUAGUUAUAUCCUUCUGGCUGCAGAAGCCAUUCAAGUACGAAAAUUGUGAUGAAGUUGUGGCGGACAUGUCUCGCAUUGCAGUGAUGGUGCGCAGCAUUUGCGAAUUCGCUGGCGAGCACAUCAACGAUUAUCCCUACAAUGGCAUAUCGCCUUGGUGGCAGGAGGUGCGAGAACUGUUGCUGGAAAGCAAGCAAUUCUCCGGCCUCUUGGUGGCCAUCGUCUGCAAAACAGUCGCCCUUGAGUUGUGGCGAAAUAAGCGAGAGGGUUCGUGCGAUGAAUCGUCACAGAACGAGGAAGAGGAGCGCUGGGAACGCAUCUCACAUGAAGAAGCGCAGUGGGGCCUGUUGAUAGGCAAACUGGAAGAUGUGUCCGUGCUGGGCGCAAUACUAGGCACUUCCAUGGAGUGUCGGGAACCGAGCGGACCACCAAUGCCUUACGAGCUGCCCGAUUGCAGUCUGAAGAGCAUCGUUAACGGGGGAAAAGGAAUUGUCACCGAAUUGACAGCUAAGUGGCUGAUUAGCUCACGUCUUAAUCCGAAUAAACUGCUCGAGGUUAUAACUGAAAGUGAGCUAACAGAAGAGAAUGCAAAAGCUAAGCAGGAGAUUAAGAAAGAUGCAAGUGAAAUCCACGUUGAAACUGAAAGUCUUGAAGAAGAGGGUGAUGGAGAAGAGCCACCAGCAAUGGCAACUGAAGCCAUCGAGCCACUUGAACCGCUGCUGGUAAAAUUGACGCUGUUGCGCGCACAUUUCCCCUUCAGUCUGGAGUCGGGCACGCUGUUAAGUGUCAUGUCCUGGCACUAUAUGGUGCACUGGAGCAAGCACUUAUCCUCGCUGGAAUUUAUGCGUGCGGCGAUGUGUUGUCUGGCGGAGAUAAAGGAGUCAGACUGGGCGCUGAAGCACGGCAUGUGCUGCUUGUUGUGGAAUGCCACACUCAAGUUUCCCCUGCAGUCCGCCUCCAAAUUGAUGCACAAAGUGGGCCGUUUGCCGGUGGACAAAAUGUGUCAGCAGGACAUGGACAUGUCCGCCAGCCAUGUGCCUGAGUUUCUGGAACUCUGUUUGGAAUUUCUCGAUCACUUUAGCAGCUCGCUAGAGCACGAGAAGCGCGAGUUGCGCUUCGAACAGGCGUUGAGCGAAGGUCCACUGCCAUUGCAAUUCCUGGCCUUGCAACAGCAUCAUGGCAUGCCCCAUCUAUUGCGGCUUCAGUACGAGCUCUGCAGCGUCCUCCACUUCAUUGCGUUCUUUCAGCUAAAAGUGCCCAAGCCCAUGACGACGUUUUUCGAUGCCAUGGCUAACAAAGCUCUGCUCGCAGACAUCAAUAAGGAGCUGCCCUAUGCGCUACCUUCGCCGGAUGAAGUGCUCCAGCAGCACCGAACGGAUUUCCUCUGCCGCGUGGUGGCCGCCACCAUGGAUCUGAUCCGCGAGGAUCUGGAGCACCUCUACAUACUAGAUCAUGUCUACUAUAUGGCUAAGAUAUGCGCCUUGGCCGACAGUUGGGAGUUGGAUAAACUGCCCAUCUUGCGCCGACAGGUUGUUGAAUUGUAUGCCUUUGGAUACGAUGCGGAAGCGCAAGUACUACUGCAGGACAUAAGCGAGGAUGAGGAAUUGGGUCGGCUGUUGCUGGAGAUUGCGGGUCGACGAUUGAAUUUGUAUGCGGAGUCCUCGCAGACGACCUUUCUGAAAAUCGCCUCGGUGGGACAGCAUCUGCUGCAGUAUCUGGACAAUUUAAAAGAGUGCGUGUCGGAAGAAAGCAUUCAGAUAGCGGCAACCAGACCGGACGAGAUCGAUGUGAUCGCUUUGGGAAAACUUCUGACUCAUGCCUAUAAGUGUCUGAGCCGGCGGGAUUCAAAGCAUUUACCCAUAUUGGGACAGAUGUACGAUGCUUGUCGUCUGCUACAGGAAUGAGUAGUUGUGUGCUCCCUCCUCCUGUAACUUCACUUUAAUUUAAGCAAAUAUUUUGGUAACUUGUUAACAAAGCAGCUGAUGAGUUUUAACAUUUUGUGAUAAAUAAAUCAAAGCACGUUUACGGCUCA